GAUUACGAUUCUUUAAUUCGUACAUUUGUAAACACGGGCGAUCUUCGUAACCGAACACGAGAAUGGAAGAAGUAGUACUAGACAUGCCGGACAUUAGACAAGACUCGUCAUUGGCCGAGGCGGAAGAGAAGUUUGUGGACCGUGCAGAGUUCAGGAUAGAUAUUGCAACGGAUCUGUCGGAUAAUAGUGAAACAGCACAAUUUAAUGGAAAAAUGACAACAGACUAUGCAGAUCUUGUUCAGAGAACACGUAAUGCUUUCUUCGGUGGUAAAACCAAGCCAUUAGAAUGGAGGAUAAAACAACUAAAACAGAUAGAACUUAUGAUGGAAGAAUACAAGUCAGACAUUAUAUCUGCACUUGCUUCUGAUUUGCGUAGAUGUAAAUUUGAGACCAUUGCUUUGGAAAUGCUGAUCACUGUAGGGGAAGUCAGAACAAUGCUUGCAAAUAUUAAAGAAUGGGCAAGUGCUGACAAGCCUCCAAAAGCAAUGGUCAAUAUGUUGGAUGGAGUUGAAAUUCGGAAUGAUCCAUAUGGUGUAGUUCUUGUUAUAGGAGCAUGGAAUUAUCCCUUCCAGCUUUGCAUUGUUCCUCUGAUAGGUGCUAUAGCAGCUGGCAAUUGUGUGAUUCUUAAACCAUCAGAAGUAUCCCCAGCUACAUCAAAACUAUUAGCAGAGGCUAUUCCAAAAUAUUUAGAUACAGAUUGUGUUCAAGUCGUAACUGGGGGUGUUGAUGAAACAACAAAACUACUCGAUCAAAGAUUUGAUUACAUAUUUUAUACAGGUUCUACCAAAGUUGGAAAAAUUGUACGGACUGCAGCAAAUAAGUUCUUGACACCUGUUACAUUAGAACUUGGUGGCAAAAGCCCUGUAUAUCUGGAUAACACAGUAGAUAUGAGUGUAGCCGUUAAAAGAAUACUUUGGGGUAAAUGCAUUAAUGUUGGUCAAACUUGCAUUGCACCAGACUAUGUACUUUGUACUCUAGAAGUUCAAAACAAAUUUGUGAAAGAAGCAAAGAAACUGCUAAAGGAAUGGUAUGGUGAUAAUCCAAAGGAAAGUGUCGACUUGGCGCGUAUAAUCAACGAGAAUCAUUAUCAACGACUUGUAAAAUACUUAAGCGGAAAUGGGGAAAUAGCGGUUGGAGGGCACUGUGAUCCUUCCUCAAAGUAUAUCUCGCCAACUAUACUUGUUGAUGUUAAACAUACAGAUCCCAUAAUGGAAGAUGAAAUAUUUGGUCCAAUAUUGCCUUUUAUAACUGUGGAUAACGCUUACGACGCAAUUAAAUUCAUAAAUUCUCGCGAAAACCCACUCGUACUAUAUGUAUUUACCAAGGACAGGGGAGUUCAAGAAUUAAUAAUUAAUCAGACUCGUAGUGGAAGCGUGGCAGUUAAUGAAACGAUUAUGCAAUUUUCUGUUGACACUUUGCCAUUUGGUGGAGUUGGAUAUUCUGGUAUUGGAUGUUAUCAUGGAAAGUACACAUUUGAUACGUUUGUUCACAAAAAGGGUUGUCUGAUUAAAGAUUACAACAAACUGGCAGAAUCCAUUGCAUCGUGUCGUUAUCCUCCAUACACUGACAAGAAAUUGGGCGUUUUAGAAAAAUUGGUGGCAAAACGAUCUGAUAUACCAGGAAUUAAAUACAUUCCGCAUAUUGUAGCAUUUGGCUUGGGAAUUCUGAUCACCCUUGGAGUUACAACUGCUCUGAAGGCUCAAGAAGAAAACAUGUAGUGGAGCCCCAACUAUAUCCUUAAACAAAAUAUGUUAUUGAAUUGCAAUAACAUAUAUAAAAAUGUUAUUUAUAGAAUUAAAGUUUUUCGGUGUUUGCACGCAAAACUUUUGUAAAAAUAUCUUCUUGUUAAAAUCUUUUUCUACGAUAAUGUAAAAAAAUUUCCUUAAAGUGAUUACUUUGUUAUGGCAUUUUAUUAAUGAACAUCGAUUAUUUGAAUAAUCCAAUGAAGGAAUUUCGUUAACACAAACUAGGUACAUGUACACCAUUUCAAGUGAUAAGAGUAUUAAAGA